AUGGACUCCCAGGAAACUCUCGUCGACAGCAAUUACGAUCCCGAAGAUCUUGAGCUCGCCACUCCAGAUCCAGCAUUCGGUGCAACAACAAUACUAGACUUCGACCGCGAUGACAUGAUAUCGACGAAUGCCACAGUGCGUGGACAGAGUCAAAUACGAUACUCUGUCAGGACUGUCAAGGCUGGUCUGGCAGGAAUGAACCUCAAGACCAUUUUUAGCCAGGGGGAGGGGAUACUGGCAACGGUGCAACGCAGGGAUAUGAUCCCAGAUUUGCUCACGCUAGGGGGUGAAACUAUAAGCCUUCGCAGCUGGCUCAAGACACCUAUGUUCUCAUCGUUUCCUGCGUUGUUUAGCGAGGGGAGAGAGACGUACCUCUGGAAGGAAGGCCGGGACGGUGGAAUUAAAUUGUACAAAGGAAGCGGCUCUAGUACCAGUACAAUCGCUCGCUUCUACCCUUCCGAUUUCGUUGUGACGCACGAUCGGGGAAGGAUAACAUAUCGUGCUCAUCUGGAUUUACGAGCUGAAGCUGAUCUCAUACGCGAAGAGGUGUUCAUAUCAUGUGUGCUAAUUAUGCAGAAGACAAGGAAAAAGGCGAUGGCGAAGGAGCGGAACUUGGUGUCUAGUCAAGGACUCUUGUUCGCUUCCAUGACGGCUACAGGCGGUGGGUUCCCUAUGUGCUAA